AUGGGGGUAGAAUGCUACGCGACAAGGCCCCCUAGAUGGGUCAAAGGCGUGGCUAUCCGAGGGAAGAUGCGGGGAGUCUCGUUUCAAGAUACCCCAGAUGCGUCAAAAGCAGGUGUAAGAAUGAAUGCGAAAACUAAUAGCUCAGGUACCCAUAGUGGAGCUUCUCUGAGCUUACCACUGGUACCUCGAGACCCUGUCACCUCCAACUUAGAUGCAACCUCCAAAUACUAUCUAGAUUAUUACCACGAGCAUAUAUGCAAGCUCUUCAUCGUAUAUGACAGCGAUAGGAACCCCUUCAGAAGCUUUAUAUCUCUUGCUCUAGAUGACCCGGUCCUUUUGAAGGCCUCUCUGGCCCUCGCUGCUCGUCAUAGAGCCAACGCAGGCCGCUCUUUCUACCAGAUUGACGAACCGACACCCUCUCCUUUAGCCGAUUCUCAUCGGGAUGCUCUGGCCUUCAAAUAUCAAGCCGUGCAGGGGCUUUCACGUGCUUUAAAUGAUACAACACUGCAUAAGAAACAUACCACGGUGGCUGCUGCCUUCCUUUUAAUAUUUUUGGAUCUCAUAGAGUCGGGGAGCGAUAAGUGGAACAUUCAUCUCGAAGGAGCCAAGAGCUUGAUCACCCUAGAUCAGCCAUCCCCAAAUUCAAGCAUAGGGGUCAACCAAGGGCCCGGUCAAACUGUUCAGGAAAUUCGUGACUUCAUCACGCGGCAAAUCUAUAUGAUCCAAACACUCGGAGCAACCUUUGUACGACCGGGAUUGCUGUCCCAGUUCAUUUCAGUGGAUCGUCUAGAUCGGCAGCCUUCAGAAGUUGUGGAACAGUCCUUCGUUGGAUGUCCCGAGUUUAUCCUGGAUGCAAUACAGUACAUUCUGGGCCAGAGAGACGCCGUCUUGGGCUUAGAUCCCCUGAUGGAAACCGAAACCUACCACCGUGUAGAAGAAAUCGCGUCUGUUCUCGAGUCCAUCCAAAACUUCGAUUGUUAUCUUUGGGCUUCAAGCUUACCACGACCGCAAUCCCCCACGAGAGAUUUGAACAAUCUUUGUAUACUGUCCCAGUCGUGGAAAAUCAGUGCUCUCAUAUAUGGACGGCGUGUCCUCGAUAUACUUACGAACGACGUUUCCCCGCAGGAUGAGCUGGUGUGUGAAUUGAUUGGCUUGAUCGGUGCAUUGGAGGACAAUGAAGUGUACAAGUGCAUCUUGUGGCCAAUCUUUGUUGCGGGCUUGGAAUGUCGAUGGCAAGCCCAGCGAGAUUUCCUCGUUGGUUGUUUAGAGAAGUUCUGGGCCGCCACUAAAUGUUUCAACACGAUCAAUGCUGCCAAGAUCCUGCAGACAUAUUGGCAACAAGAGGGACAGCAGGAGCCGUUUUCGCCUCAGUGGAUAUUCAAAAUCGGCAAUCUAGGUCGGGACUGGCUUCUUGUCUAG